CUCCAUGACGAGUGGAAAAACACACACGGAUUGAGUGCCAAACAUAAUUGACUGCUGUCUUAACAUUUUAUCGACGAGAAAUGUGAAGUCUCCUCGUCCAUUUCCUUCGUCGACCACAGUGGAUUUCAAUUGAUAUGAACUGUUCUGAACGGUACAUCAAAAGUCUCAAUUCGUGGCCUGUUUACAUGGUGCAAAAGCUGUAGUGUACUAACAGCCGUGAGACAGCAUUUGCUCUGUAGUUCUGGGAAAUCUUAGAUAAAAAGUGAGAAAUAAAUCCAUGGAUAUGAUGUUUGAGGCUUACCUCACUAAUGAAGCUGUGCAGCUGGAGCCUGAUGACAUCCCAAAUACCAAGGAACCUGUUUGGAUACUUGGCAAAAAAUAUAGUGCCAUAGAUGAUUUAGAGCUGAUUAGACAAGACAUUCGCUCACGUCUUUGGUUUACCUACAGACGUGGCUUUGUCCCGAUUGGAGACUCAGGCCUUACAUCUGAUAAGGGAUGGGGGUGUAUGCUUCGCUGUGGUCAGAUGGUGCUGGCACAAGCUCUUCUCAAUUUGCACCUUGGCCGUGAAUGGUUGUGGAGUGCAGAGAGUAAAUGCCAAGCAUACUUGCAAAUUUUACGUCUUUUUGAGGACAGACGAGGUGCUGUAUAUUCAAUCCAUCAAGUUGCUCAAAUGGGUGCGACAGAGGGAAAGGAAGUUGGUCAGUGGUUUGGGCCCAACACUAUAGCACAAGUUUUGAAAAAAUUAGCAUUCUAUGAUGAAUGGAGCUCUGUUGCAUUCCAUGUUGCUUUGGACAACACCAUUGUGAUUAGUGAGAUCAAACAGCUUUGCCGAGGAACGGAACCUGGAAAUCGGUGGAAACCUUUAGUUUUAGUUAUACCACUGAGACUUGGCCUUAGUGAAAUAAAUCCUAUUUACCUUAAAGGCUUAAAGACUUGCUUUUCAUUCCGACAGUCUUUGGGUGUAAUAGGGGGAAAACCCAAUCAUGCAUUGUACUUUAUUGGUUGUGUAGGUGAUGAAGUAAUUUAUCUUGAUCCACACACAACCCAGCAGACAUGCUUUGUUGAAGGAAAGGAUAAUGAAAGUGAACGUCAGGCUGAUCUAACAUACCAUUGUCCAAAUGCAAGUCGGUUGCAUAUUUUGAAUAUGGACCCAUCACUUGCUGUGUGUUUCUUCUGUUCUACUGAACAUGAGUUAGACUCUUUGUGUCAGUUGUUCCGUGAAAGAAUAGUAGAACAGGAAAAGCAACCAUUAUUUGAAGUUUGUGAAGAGAAGCCAGACCGUUGGUCUCCUGUCAGCAAACAAGAUGAUUUAUUAGGAGCCUGGGCACAGGAAGCAAGUGAAAAUAUGGACAGUAUGCUGGAAGAUUCAGAUGAAGAUUUUGAAUUAUUAGGGUAAAAAGUUAUCUAUAUGUUCAAAUCACUAUAGUUUGGAAAGUGUGCUUUUGCACACAGAAGCCAGCUACCAGAAAAUUUGUUAUCUCUUUUUUUACCAUGUUAUAUUUAUGUAAUGAGGUGAUUACAUUUGUUUUCUUAGCAGAUAAAGCAGUCCAAUGCCAGCUGCAUCAAUGCUAACAACAUAAUAAAAUGGUGUUCAGACUUGUAAAGUUCAUUUCGUUCUUUGCUCACAUGUAUGUGCUCAGGCCUUAGUAUAACAGUUUGUUUUCUCCAUCAUUAUCUUCCGUAAGUUCACGAUGUUAGGUAAUACACAAUACUGCCCCUUCUUGCUUUUAACUUUGAAUUUACUGGUUACUUGUGAUUGUGAUUUUGGAGUGCUCUGCUAAAAAACUAAUGAUAAUUGAAAAAAAACAUUCUGACUGCCCCAAGGUGUGUACUUUUUGAUGGAAUUUAAAGUUUCAUGUCUUUCUGUACAAUCCACUGUGAUUUUCAAUAUUUAUGUCUCUUUUGCAUGGUCAAUAUACUUAGUCAAGUUACCCAAAGAUGAGAUCACAAAGUAGAGUAGGAAAAUUUUAGUGAUUAGAAAGCAAAGGUGCAAAAUAUGAAUCAUAAUCAUAAUUGUACUUGUUUUGUGUAAAUAAUCAAUGCAUGUGAAUACUAUCAAUUCUAGUGGAUAUAUAGCUUGUGAAUACUUAUUUGUACAAAAUGGCAAGUACUGAGUGUACUUCUGCAAUGGUUACAAUCCUAGAUUUUGAGAUGUUUGCAUAUAUGUUAUGCAAGGAAUGUGUUCCUGGUGUAACUCUCCAUUGCAAUUAUUUCAAUGUGCGCUAAUUUAUUAACAUAUUUGUCUAGAUUCUCAAGCCUUAAUUGUUUUUAUGUAGAACAAAUUAACUUAACAUCACAAACAAGGUACAUAAUUACGUGUGUAAAAUUGAAUCUGGUUUUCACCUUCUGCUACAGUUGACGCGCCGCAGCUAAAAUUGCAAUCUUGUUUUUGUUUGUUUUUAAAUCUGAUUUGUUUUACCUAUCUUGUUUUCUAGCUACAAACUGAAAACUUAUGUUGGUCCAUUAAAUUUAGAUUCAAAUUAUAUUUUUGAAUAAAUUUUAAGGUUACAAAAAAGUAAA